AUCAAUCAACUGUCCCCGUUUCUUCACUUCACGAUCCGUCAGUGUCUUAAGAAGGAGGAGGAGGAGGAGGAGGAGGAGGAGAAGGCUAUGGGCAGAGAAGAAGUAGGAGAAGGAAUUGAAGAAGCACCGACACCGAGCCGUCCUCUGCUUGUUAAAGAAAGCACCCAUCAAUUGCAAAGCAAUCAUGUUGAGGAUGGAGGAGAGAGCGGGCUUCCUUCUCCAGCAACAUCUGCCCUGGUUCUUAGCACUCUGGUUGCUGUCUCAGGUUCCUACGUUUUCGGGUCCGCCGUGGGGUAUUCAUCACCUGCUCAGACUGGCAUAAUGGAGGAAUUGAGCCUUACGUCUGCAGAGUACUCACUAUUUGGCUCGAUAUUGACUAUCGGAGCAAUGGUAGGAGCGGUAAUUAGUGGGAAAAUGGCUGAUUACAUAGGUCGGAGGGGUACAAUGGGAAUUUCGGAUAUAAUCUGCCUAAUAGGUUGGAUUUCUAUAGCACUGUCCAAGGUCCCUUGGUGGCUCAAUAUCGGAAGAUUUCUGGUAGGAUGUGGCAUGGGACUCCUCUCUUAUGUGGUUCCUGUGUACAUAGCAGAAAUCACACCAAAAAAUCUUCGUGGAGGAUUUACGACGGUACAUCAGUUGAUGAUAUGUUGUGGUGUGUCGAUGACUUACCUCAUUGGAGCUUUUGUGGGUUGGCGCACAUUGGCUUUAGUUGGAAUCGUCCCAUGCCUUCUUCAGCUACUUGGUUUACUUUUCAUUUCUGAAUCUCCCCGGUGGCUGGCAAAGAUUGGCCGGAGGAAAGAAAGUGAAGCCACUUUACUCUGGUUGAGAGGAAAAAAUGCUGAUAUUUCUCGAGAAGCAGCUGAAAUCAGAGAUUACACGGAAACUAUUCAAAGGCUUUCAGAAGGCAGCAUCUUCGACUUGUUCCAGCGAAAAUACGCCCAUUCACUUAUUGUCGGAGUGGGCCUGAUGGUACUGCAACAGUUCGGAGGGGUCAAUGCGAUUGCUUUCUAUUCCAGCUUUAUAUUCAUCUCAGCAGGCUUCUCAGGUAGUCUCGGAAUGAUAGCAAUGGUCAUUGUUCAGAUUCCAAUGACGGCUCUGGGUGUAUUACUGAUGGACAAAUCGGGUCGAAGGCCUCUUUUGCUGGUCUCUGCAGCGGGGACGUGUUUGGGUUGCUUCAUGACAGGCUUGUCUUUCCUCUUCCAGGAUCUGCAGCUAUGGAAGAGCAUAACUCCUAUUUUUGCGCUUAUCGGUGUGCUGGUUUUUACUGGAUCCUUUUCCCUGGGAAUGGGAGGAAUACCUUGGGUUAUAAUGUCCGAGGUAUUCCCGAUAAAUAUGAAGGGCUCAGCUGGUAGCCUCGUGACACUAGUUAGCUGGUUAGGUUCAUGGAUUAUCUCAUACACCUUUAACUUCAUGAUGGAUUGGAGCUCGUCUGGAACAUUCUUUAUAUUCGCGAGCAUAUGCGGCUUCACUGUCCUGUUUGUGGCAAAGCUGGUUCCCGAGACUAAGGGGCGGACCCUCGAGGAAAUACAGGCAAGCAUGAACCCCUUCUCAUGACAGGAAAAAGGACCAUCACGAACUGGCGGAUGCUCGAGAAGGUGCAGUAACAUCUUCAUGGAGACAAGCAUGAGUAUGUAUUCCGAAGUCUCAGGCACAUGAAUAUCAGCAGCUUAGGAGCCCCUGUUAGAAAUUAACAGGAUUCCUGGAAUCGUCCAAUAAGUCCGGGAAAGUAAUGAUAACAUCUGGAGGUGUCCCGCCUGUUCAAUUGAACCGUAUUAUUUAUGUAUAACCUUAUAUAUCAUUGCACAACGAUAUCUGAGCUUAUAGAGUCUCAUACUUUUCUUCAACGAAUGCGGGUAUGGAGAACUAGGUUUGGUUUUAGAAACUCGAAAAA